AUAUCUUUUCCCGGGAAAAUUCAUCUAUUUAACCCAAACAAGCCAUAAUUUUCUUCCUUGGCAGCCACUGUGACAUCUCACGAAAACCAUGCCCGCUUCCGGCCCUUCCCCGCGAUUUUCUUCUCAUCUCUAAACUGUUUUGUGUGUAUUCUUCCACAGAAAACCCAUGUUUUACCUAUUUGUUUGUGUGGAAAAUGCACCGUUUUGAUCCGUAAGGACGAAAACUGCAGUGUGAGAAGAAAAGUUCAGCGGGAGAAGAAAACUAUGGGGGCCAUAUAUGAAAAGAAAUCGAAAUCGGGCGGUGGUGGGUUAUGGGGUUCAUUUUUCGGAAGGUGUAGAUUUUGGCCAAGAAGAAAGUCUAUUUCGUCGAGUUCGUUCAUGAAAUCGCCGCAGAACCAUUCGAAAUUCAUCGUCGUCCAACAGCAAAACAAGGUUUAUAAACCGGCGCCGGCGCCGGUGGAAUCGACCAGAACAAUAACAGCGAUGACCCAGAGAGUGGUACCCAAAGAUGCAGUCAGCAUCUCCGGCGAGCUCGAAAGCAUGAUCGAGGAUUAUCAAAAGGUAAAAGGCAGAGGCAACCUGGUCCGGGCAUCGUCGGGGAAUUUCAUGAUGUACGGCCAUUUAGGCAACUUGAGGCAACCGGCCAUCGGAGGGAAUAAGAAGGAGAAGAAGGAGGUUGAAGAAAUCGGUGAACCGGGUUCUCUGUGCAGAGCAUUGUCGAAGAGGAGGAGUCCCGAAACGUUGAAAUUCUUGGGGGACGAAGAAUUUAAGCACGGCAAGUUCGGGGAAGCUCUGAAUCUGUACGAAGCGGCCAUCGCCAUUGAACCCUUCAAAGCUUCGUAUCGAACCGAUAGAAGUGCAGCUUUAGAAGCUUCGGGCCGGUUUCUUGAAGCUCUUUUUGAGUGCAAAGAAGCCAUUCGUCUUGAACCUCGUUAUCUUCGUGCUCACCAUCGUCUAGCAAGUUUAUAUAUCAGAUUAGGGGAAGUUGAAAACGCGAUGUAUCAUUUCAAACGAGCGGGCACCGAGGCCGGCAAUGGCGACAUGGCCAGAGCCAAAAUUCUUCAACAACAUGUAAACAAAUGCACCGAAGCGAAAAUGCAACGAAACUGGAAAGCUUUGCUAAAGGAAACAGAUGCCGCCAUUAAAGCCGGAGCAGAUUCAGCUCCACAUCUGUAUGCAUUGAAAGCCGAAGCUUUGAUGAAGCUCCAUAGACACCAAGAGGCGAAUGAAGCGUUGUUAGCAGCGCCGAAAUUAAAUGACGAUGUCUUCAUUAAAUGCUUUGGCCCUAUCUGUAAAGCGAUUAUUUUGGUCGUUCAAGCUCAGGUGGAUAUGGCUUUCGGCAGAUUCGAUGAUGCGGUGGCUGCUACCGAGAGAGCAGUUAGGCUAGACUCUAAAAGCAAAGAAACAAGCAGUGCAAUGAGCAAAGCUAAAGCACUGGCGACGGCUCAAAUGAUCGGAGAUGAGCAUUUCAAGGCAUCGAAUUUCUACGAUGCGUGUAUCACAUAUGGCGAGGGGCUGCGGCAUGAUCCGCGCAACUCCGUCUUGUUGUUCAGCCGAGCGGUCUGCUACGCCAAUCUCGGCCAGAUUGAGCUCGCGGUCGGGGACUGCACCCAUGCCCUUAGUGUCCGCCCCGGCUAUUCAGAAGCUAGACUCAAAAGAGCCGAAUGCAAUUCCAAGUUGGGAAGAUGGAAGGCUUCAUUGGAAGACUAUGAGGUACUAAGACAAGAGAAUCCAAACAAUGAAGAGGUGAAACAAGGCUUGUCCGAGGCUCGAAGGCAACUCAAUAUACCCGAAACACCGCCGAAAAAAGAAGAGGCAAAACAAGAUCUGUUAGAGGCACGAAGACAACUCAAGAAAAAAGAAACAUAUGAAGAGUUGAAACAAAGCUUGUCGGAGAACCGAAGGCAAGUCAAGAAAAAUGGAACACCGAGCUUGCCCAAACCUUAUAGGCAACUCAAGAAAAAAGAACCAUCGGACAGCGAAGAUAUGAAAUGGGUCUUGUCCGAAGCUCGGAGACUACUCAAGAAAAAAGAAACACAGGAUUCCGAAAAGACGAAACAAAACGUGUUCGAUGCUCAAAGGCACUCACAAAGAUGAACUAAGAAACAACACAAGCCGAAUAUAAAAUAAAUAGAAAAAAAAAAAGCAACUCGAAGGGAAACAACAAAGGAAACCAGCGGCCAAGGAAUUAAGAAGAGUAGGUUUCGCAAUGAAGCAUGAAACAUUAUUUAUGAUCGGUAAAGGGGGGGGGGAAUGUUUUCUUUGUUGAG